AUGGCUGGCCCAAGGAAAGGAGACACUACCAAGAGGAAUGCCGGCUUAGCCAAGAAGGCCGAGGUGGCUGCCCAAAAGGCAGCUGUACAGGCGGCCAGGGACGAGGCUGCCGAGGAGGAAAAUGGAGGACUGGCGCCAAGAGCAGUCGUAAAAGUAAGGCAAUCUCUUCCAACACCCCACCGACUCGGGGCUACCCGGGAAGUUGAGGAUGAGAAAAAGGCAGACCAAGCCCGAAAGAAGGCGGAGCGAGAGGCCUUGCUUGCUGCAGAGGAACAGAGCCUGCCAGGCCGGUCGACGCCGAAAAAGUCCAAGGCAGCGGUGAAGAAGACCCGAGGCCCGGACCUAUCCCAGCUCGACGACCUCGAUUCCAACCGAUCCCUUCCUUCUCUCAACGCUUCUGGCAUCGACAACGCCCUCGAUGCCCUGACCCUACCACCGGCACCGCCAAUGACACCAAGGUCGAGCGCCACCCGGAAAGGCGAUACCCCGCCGCCUACGCCAAAUACGAGGAGCGCCGCCUUGCCGAGAUGGAGUCGGACGGCACAGGGGCCGGCUUGCGACUGA